AUGUCGUUCCUCGGUGGCGCCGAGUGUUCCACGGCCGGCAACCCGUUGACGCAGUUCACCAAGCAUGUCCAAGAUGACAAGUCUCUGCAACGGGACCGGUUGGUGGGGAGAGGUCCCGGAGGCAUGCAGGAGAGCAUGCGCUCGAGAGGGAUGGUGGGAGGACAGGAUCAGAUGAUGGACGAGUUCUUACAACAGUCCGGCCCGUUGCCCCAAGGCCCCGCCCAGCCGUUUGCCAUGGAGCAGAUGCGGAGAGAGAUGGAGAAUCUUCAGACGGCACCACCUCGAACGGGAUCGCCUGGCUGGGCGGCAGAGUUCGAGGCUGGUGAACAAGCUCGUAUGGAGGCCGCGUUUAAGGGUCCCAAUGCCCCUGCAUUCAAUGGGAAUGGCGGCUUUUCCCCCGCCGAGUUUGCUCGCUUCCAGCAACAGAACCGGACCGCGAUGCCGCAGACGUCGAGUCCCAUGACGUCGACUCCGCCUCUGCUGAACAGUUACCAGAGACCGAUAGGGAUGGGGUACAUGGGCAUGGCUGGCAUGGGACCCAUGGGUAUGAUGGGACCGGCAUACGCAGGCCCCAUGUCCAUGCCGCAGAGACCCGUCGAGUCGACGACACAGGAUAAGGGCAAGGGGCGGAUGGUCGAACUGGACGACCAGAACUGGGAGAAACAGUUUGCGGAGAUGGACGCAGCGGACCAAAAGGCGCUGGAUGACCAGGCCAACGAGGCGAUAGAGAAGGAACUGAAUGAGCUUGACAGGUCAGUGCCCAUCAGUGACACCACCAAAAACGAGGAAAGAUUUGAGGAUUUUGAGCGUGUUUGGCAAAGAGUCCAGGCUGAAACUUCGAGCAUUUCCAGAAAACUGGAGCAAGACUUGGAAUUCAAGGAGGGAGAAAACCUGCACAUGGGGGAGCUCAAUGAGUGGGAAGGGUUUGACAGUCUCAACACGCGAUUCCGCGACCCUCAGCUGGGAGACUACAUAUUCGAGGAAGACAACGCUUUCCGCGCGGUGAGCAACCCGUUCGAAGAGGGCAUGAAGAUCAUGCGGGAGGGCGGCAAUCUGUCCCUGGCUGCACUGGCGUUCGAAGCCGCGGUGCAGAAGGAUCCACAGCACGUGGAGGCCUGGGUCAUGCUGGGGUCGGCGCAGGCGCAGAACGAGAAGGAGAGCCCGGCGAUUCGGGCCCUGGAGCAGGCGCUCAAACUCGACCCCAACAAUCUGGAUGCCCUGAUGGGGCUGGCCGUGUCGUACACGAACGAAGGGUACGACUCGACGGCGUACCGGACGCUGGAGCGGUGGCUGUCAGUGAAAUACCCGCAGAUCAUCGACCCGAAGGAUCUCUCGAAGGACGGCGAUGUGGGGUUCACGGAUCGGCAGCUGCUGCACGACAAGGUGACGGAUCUGUUUAUCCAGGCGGCCCAGCUGUCGCCUUCGGGGGAGCACAUGGACCCGGACGUGCAGGUCGGCCUGGGGGUGCUGUUCUACUGCGCGGAGGAGUACGAUAAAGCAGUCGACUGCUUCUCGGCGGCGCUGGCGUCGACCGAGUCGGGCACAUCGAACCAGCAAGGGCAGGUGCACCUGCUAUGGAACCGGUUGGGGGCGACACUGGCCAACUCGGGCCGAUCGGAGGAGGCGAUCGAGGCGUACGAGAAGGCGCUGACAAUCAACCCGAACUUUGUGCGAGCGCGGUACAACCUGGGAGUCUCGUGCAUCAACAUCGGAUGCUACCCGGAGGCGGCGCAGCACCUGCUGGGCGCGCUGGCGAUGCACAAGGUGGUGGAGCAGCAAGGGCGCGAGCGGGCGCGGGAGAUCGUCGAGGGGGUGCAAGGGAUCGGCGACGCGGACGUGGAGCGGAUGAUCCACAUCAGCCAGAACCAGAGCACGAACCUGUACGACACGUUGCGACGGGUGUUUACGUCGAUGGGACGGCGGGACCUGGCGGAUAUGGUGGUUCCGGGGAUGGAUGUGGAUGUAUUCCGGAAGGAGUUCGAUUUCUAG